UCUAAAGCCUGGCUCCCUUCCGGCCUGGCGCGCUACGGUUCCCGCAGGCACUGCGCUUCAGCACCGCGGGCGUGGACAGCUCCGGGGCGCGAGGCUCUGGGACUCAUCUGCCGGAAGUGAACCUGGCAGGAAGCUUGCUGCAGUUUUUUAGAAACCAUUUUUGCAACUGGAGGUUUGUGAGGAAAAAAAUCUCUGUUGAGGGGGGUACUGUGUGUCUCUGAAGUGGCCUCUGUAUUGCGUCUCAGGCGUCCUGGUCCUGUCCUGGUACCCACCUGGCAUGGCUGAUGAUAAUGGAGAGCCCUCGGAUGACCUGGUGCCCGCCAUUCUGGACACCGCCCAUCAGUACAGCAUCCAGGUAUGGCUCCCAUGGUGCAUUUUACCGCUAUAAGAACAGCAUGGGGAAGAGUCUCCCACUCUUUUAUAUCUACGACUCAUACCUGACGUCCCCUGAGGCCUGGGCCCACCUCCUGACACCAAACGGGCCCCACUCGAUCCGCAACACGCCCUAUGAUGGGGUCUUCAUAGCGCUGCUGGUGGAGGAGGGUCACACCCACGACAUCCUGGCCGCCGGAUUUGACGGCAUGUACACCUACUUUGCCUCCAAUGGUUUCUCCUUUGGUUCUUCCCAUCAGAACUGGAAAGCUGUGAAGAACUUUUGUGAUGCCAACAACCUCAUGUUCAUCCCCAGUGUGGGGCCUGGCUACAUAGACACCAGCAUUCGGCCCUGGAACAACCACAAUACGCGCAACAGGGUCAACGGCAAGUACUAUGAGACGGCCCUGCAGGCGGCCCUGACGGUGAGGCCCGAGAUCGUCUCCAUCACCUCCUUCAAUGAGUGGCACGAGGGCACCCAGAUUGAGAAGGCCAUUCCCAAGAAGACACCCACCCGCCUGUAUCUGGACUACCUGCCUCACCAGCCCAGCCUGUACCUGGAGCUGACCCGCCGCUGGGCAGAGCACUUCAUCAAAGAGAAGGAGCAGUGGCUCAUGUGAGGGGCCUGUAAACAGGGACGUGAGGAGCUGAUGUCCUUGCCUUGCUGGAAGAUGUCACCACGUGGGGUUCAGCUGAGGUUGUAGGCACUCACUCAUUCCCAGGUCAGAGGUCAGCAGCUAGGUGCUUCUGGGUGGGCUGUCAGGCCUGGGCCUGUGCAGCACAGAGACCAUUCCUCAGGCGAGUGGUGCUGGGGUGCUCUGCGGUGAUGGGAAUGGCAGAGGCUGGCAGGUGACUGAACUUAGCCCAGGGCAGCUCCACGUUCUGGGAACACUUUCAUGUAACCCCUUCUAAUUUUGAACUCUGCAGCAGGCCGGUGCUGUGUAGUGGCCACCCACUCACCACCCUUGGAAGGGUGUCAGGGUCUGGGCUCGCAUGUGCCCUGCUCCCUUCUGCCAGUCUGCGUCCUCUCCUCAGGCCUCCUUCUCACAUCAUCUGUCUUCUCCAAGUUAGGGAACCAUAUUUGAGACUUUCAAAAAGGGAACUUCUAGGUUUAAGCUCCUCCCAGUAGAUUCCUGAACCCAAUUAUCAGGAAAUCAUCCUGAGCACUCACAGGUUCAUGUAACACUCACUCAUCAAGCACCUUCCUAUGUGCUAGGUGCUGGGGAAAACUUGACCAAGGAAGAGGUCCUGUCCUGAAGCUUCCAGGACCCAGCUUUCCUUAUCUGGUGUGGCCUUGUAGCUAGUGCCUGGGCACAGUUGUUUUUCUUUUUGCAGUUUUACCUAGUGCUGGGCAUUCAGUUCUUUCUCCUCUAAAAAAAUACCUCUGUGCUCCAGAGCCUCAUUUUUCCCAGAUGCAUAUUUAGCUCCAGGGAGAGGACUAGGAGGAAACCCCCUCCCUUUAGCUGCCUGAACUGACUGAGGCCCACUCACUACAGCCAUGUUCAGUGCUACUGUGAUUUGUAGUAAUUAAAUAUGAACUGGUAUUCUCAAGUAAGCAUUCCUUUUGCUCUCUUUAAGACCUCACAAAUUCUGACCUUAGAUUCUGUGACAAACUGACAUAUGAGUUGGGCUGGCUAUGGCUUUACCACAAGUAGGUUUGCUUAAGAAAUUACUAACAAGGCCGGGCACGGUGGCUCAUGCCUGUAAUCCCAGCACUUUGGGAGGCUGAGGCGGGUGGAUCACCUGAGGUCAGGAGUUCCAGACCAGCCUGGCCAACAUGGUGAAACCCCGGCCCUACUAAAAACACCAAAAUUAGCUGGGUGUGGUGCUGGGUGCCUGUAAUCCCAGCUACUUGGGAGACUGAGGCAGGAGAAUUGCUUGAACCUGGGAGGCCGAGGGUGCAGUGAGCCAAUGUGGCACCACUGGACUCCAGCCUGGGCAAGAGCAAGACUGUCUCA